AUGUUUAAGCAAAGAUCUUUAGAAUUAAGAGAUAUAAAUUAUAUUUAUGAAAAUUCAUUGGUAUGGGUGAAUAUAAACUCUAUAAAAAAGAAAAAUAUAGUGUUGUAUAGAGAGAUUUUUGAUUAUUAUAAAAAUAAAAACAAAAUAUUUUGUUUCUUUAAAGGAAGAGUAAAAAGCUUUGUUUCUAAAAAUGAAGUAGAGAUUCAUAUAUUUAUAGAAGAUAAUUAUAAUUCUUUAAAAAAUAAUAUAAAUUAUAGUAUAACAGAAAAUGUAAAAUAUUUAUUACCAAUGGAUACAAAUUUCGGUUGUAGUGAUAAUACUGAAUUAAUUUAUCUUAACCCACCAAAUUUAUUAGAAAAUAUUUAUCAGAGAUAUAAUAAAGCUUAUUUAAAUGAAGAAAAUAGAAAUUGCAUUUAUACAUACAUAGGAUAUAUACUAUUAUCUGUAAAUCCAUAUGAAACUUUUGAAAUAUAUGAUGAAAAUUAUAUGAAUAAAGUAAAAGAAGAGAAUAAUUUAUUUGCGAUACCUCAUCCUUUUUCAAUUGCUAAUGAUGCAUAUAACUGCUUAAUCAAAGAUAAAGUAAGUCAAUCAAUAAUUAUAAGUGGUGAGAGUGGUGCUGGUAAAACAGAAUCAUCAAAGCAAGUUCUAAAAUAUCUUACCUAUUUAAGUUUUUGUCAUAAAGAAAAAAAGAAAAACCAUGAAAAAAAUUCCAAUAAAAUAGUAGGUAGGAAUAAAAAUAUAAAUAAAAACAAUGAUGUUAAUAAAUACAAUUUAAGUGUUAAGAAUGAUGAAUACGAUGAGUUUAAUUUAAGUGAUAUAAAUGAUGAUUAUAGUAACAAUAUAAAUAAAAAAAAAGAGAAACUCAAUAAAUUUAAUAAUACAAAUAAUAACAAAAAUUUUUUACAAAAAAAGAUACCUUCGUAUGAAGAAAAAAUACAAAAUAGUAAUCCAUUAUUGGAAUCCUUUGGAAACGCUAAAACAAUAAAAAAUGAUAACAGUAGUAGAUUCGGAAAAUUAAUGAAACUAAAUUAUAAUGAAAAAGGAAUAUUAUGUUCUGCUUCUAUUGAAACAUAUUUACUCGCCAAAUCAAGAGUGGUUGAUAUCCCAUAUGGGGAAAGUAAUUAUCAUAUUUUUUAUUCUUUAUGCCAAAAUGAAAAAUUAAAAAAUGAAUUCAAUUUGUUGCCAUGGUACAAAUAUAAUUAUUUAAAAGCAAAAAAUAAAAUAAGUAAAUUAGAAGAAGAAAGUGAAAUCGAAAAUGGAGAUGAAAUAGAAAAUGAAGAGGAAGAAGAGAAAGAAGAGAAAGAUAAUACGGAAAAUAAGAAAAAUAAAAAAAAUAAAAUAAAAAAAAAAAAGACAGAAAAAGAAAGAGUAGAAAGCCAAAAUAGUAAGAAAAACAAAAUGAAGAGUAAGUUAAAUUGUGAAGAAAAUAUAGAUGAACAAAAUAAAAAUUACAAAUGCUUAUAUGAUUUAGAUGUAAUUAUAAAAUGUUUCCAUAGUAUAGGAGUGUUCGAAAAUGAACAAAAAGAAAUUUAUAAAACGCUAAUUUGUAUUUUGCUAUUAGGAAACAUUGAUUUCAUUGAAAAUGAAAAUGAAGGGGGAACAUUAAAAAUUAAAAAUGCAGAAGUGUGUGAAAAUUUAAAUAAAUUAUUAGAAAUAAAAAAUGAAAACUCUCAUGUAAAUAAGAUUGUAGAAAUUUUGACAAUAAAAAAAGUUAGAGAAACACAAAAAAACUACACAUAUCAACAAGCAAUUUAUAAUCGUGAUGUAAUAUCAAAAGCACUGUACCAAUUGCUUUUUGAAUAUAUAAUAUCACGCGUAAAUGACUCAUUAAACACUAAUGAAGAUGAAGAAUAUUUUGAAAAUAAUAAUGAAUAUAACUUUGAAUCUGAAGAACAAAUAACAAACGAUGAAGAUUUCAAUGAAGAGAAAAAAAAAAAUGAAAAUAAAAAAAAAAGAAAGAGGAAAUCUUAUAGAAAGAAAAAAGAUAAUUCAAAUUCUGAUUAUAUUCAAGAUGGAAAUAAUAAUUUUAAUGAUAUAAAAUAUUUUAUAGGUAUAUUAGACAUAUAUGGAUUUGAAAAUUUUUCUCAAGAAGGAAUAAAUGGCUUUGAACAAUUAUGCAUUAAUUAUGCUAAUGAAAUAUUACAUUCUUUUUUUUUGAAACAAAUAAUUUAUAAUGAGCAGAAAAUUCAUUAUGAAGAAAAUUUAUGUAUUGAAAAACUACAUUAUAAUGAUAAUAGUAAUGUUAUCUCAUUGAUAGGAGAUACAAAAGAUGUUAGCAUAUAUACAAUAUUGGAAGAUUUAUCUUUGUUAAUAUCAUCAAAUAAAUCUAGUGAAAAAAAUAAAAAUGAUUUGUUUUUUGAAAAAUUAAAUAAAAACAUUAUUAAUUCAGCUAAAUAUAAAUGUAUAGUGAAAAAUUAUAAACGUUCAAAUAACUCUUUUAUAAUUUCUCAUUAUGCAGGUGAUGUUCUGUAUGAUUCGAAUGAUUUCUUUAAUAAGAACGUUGACAUACUUACCAAUGAUAUUGAAAAUUUUUUACUAAGUUGCAACUCAUUUAUUAGUGUAAAUUUGUUAAAGAGAAAAAGAUAUGAAACUAAAAAAACAAAAAUUAAAAAGGAAUUGAAAGUAAUUGAAUUAAAAAUUGAAGAGACAAAAUCAAAUAAAAGAAAACUUUCUGUUAAAGAAAUGAUAUCUAAUCAUGAAAGUGAAUUAAAAAAUAUAUGUUGUAAUAAUACAAAUAAUGUUUAUAAAAAUAAAGUAAAAUCCAUAUUUUCAUAUUUUAAAAAACAAUUAGAAAUGCUUACAAAUGAAUUAGAUAAAACAUCAUCUAAAUUCAUUAGAUGUAUUAAACCUAAUCAACAAAAGCAGUCAAGAUUUUUUAAUAAAAAUUUAGUUCUUAAUCAGCUAGUUAUGAGUGGAAUGGUUGAUAUUUUAAAUUUAAUGAAAAAUGGAUUUCCUUGCCGUGUUUUAUAUGAUGAUAUUUGGAUAAGUUAUAGUAAUAUUCUACAUGAUGAAAUGAAAGAAUUUUUAACACCAAAGAUGUUUUGUGAAAUAGUAUUAAAGUUUUUAGAAAUUAAUACUAAUGAAUAUACCUUUGGAAAAACUAAAGUUUUCUUUCGUUUUGGAGUUUUGUCUAUCAUAAAUGAAAUUUUAAAUAAAAACGAAAAAAAGAAAAAUAAAUUCAUAGAAUGCGUUUAUAAAUUUUGGUUAUAUAAAAGAAAAAAAAGAUUGUUAAAUUUUGUUUUAUAUGGAUGUAGAUUUAAAAUAUUAUUUAAAAAACAAAGGGCAAAAAAAUUAAUGGAAUAUGGAUUAAAUUUAUACAAUAAUUAUUUAUUUAAGAAAAAAUUACAUAAUAUAGAAAAAAUUAUUUUAUAUUAUUUUAAUGUGUAUAAACAAAGGAUAUAUUUUUUAAAUUUAAGAAAUAGUUCACUUAUUAUACAAAAAAAUUUUAGAAAAUACAUUUCAAGAAAAAAAUAUUUAUAUAUGAAAAGACAAAUUUUAUUUAUUCAAGAUUAUUACUUAUUUCAAAAAUACUUUAAAAAAAGGGUUAAUGCUUCCAAUAUUAUUAGGAAAAAUUGGAUAAUGUAUAUUACUAAAUCUGAUUAUCAAUACGUUUUAAAAAAUGUUGUAAAAAUACAGAGGGCAUUUAAAAAAUACAUGAAAAAAAAAUACAUUAAUUACUGUCUAAAGGUUGCUAAUAUAAAUCAACAAAAAAAAACUAAUAAUAUUCUUAUUAAAAAUGUAAUAAAGGAAGAAGAAAAAAAAAAUUGUUUUGGUAGUUUAAAUAAGCAAUUUAGUGAAACUGAUCGCGUAGGCUCUUUUAUAUAUAUAGAAACAAAAAAAUACAGACAUUCUAUCGCUAUUGGAGAAAAAUUAAAUAAUUUAUCAAAAAGUAAAAACAGUUUUAAAAAAAGGAAAACAUGGGAUACAGGGGAAAAUUUUUUAAAACAUAAAUACAACACAAUUCAUACAUUUAAAUAUAAACAUCAAAUUAAUAUUAAAGAUGAAAAUGAAAAUGGAAAUAUAAGAAGUUAUAUCACAAAUGGAAAUGAUAUGUUAAAAAAUGAAAGUAGAAAUUCCUAUAUUGAAGAUAAGCCAUUUAUUAGUGUUGGGAAUAUAAUAAAGAGUGAAAAAAGUAAAAUAAAAGGAUCUACAAAUUUAAAUUCUAAUAACAAAAAUGUUAAUAAUACAAUCACAAAAAAUAAGUUUAGAUUCAGUAAUUUAAGCAUUUGCAGUGGUAAUAGUCACAAUAAUUUAAAGAACAAUAACUGUAGAAACAAUGAAUUGAAAUUUCAUAAAACAAAUAAAAUCCAAAUGAAAAGAAAAACUUAUCAUGCUAACUCAAAAGUUGAUUUUGUUUCAAGUUAUAAAAAAGAAAAAAAAAAGGUUUCCAAUUUUAUAAAAAAUACAAUAUAUGAUAGAUAUAUAGAUAAAUAUAAGCAAAAUCAUAUGAUUAAGCAAAAAGAGAAAAAGAAGAAAUCAAUAUAUAUAAAAAGUAAUUAUAGUAACAUAAGUAAUAUAUAUAGUGUUUAUAAGCCUGCAAAAACUGAAAAAUUAAAAGAACAUUUUAACUUUGAUAUAACAGACGAGCUUAUUAUACCUGAGGAUUUUUAUGUUUGCGAGUCAUAUAUUCCGGAACCAAAUAUUGAACACGAAAAUAACGAAAAUUAUAUAUUAUUAUGUAAUUAUUUAGAUAAUAAUUUAGAUUCUAAAAUACCAUCAAUAGAAUUAAAUGUUUUCAAAUGUAACAAAAGGUAA